AUUUAGUUGUGCUGAAUGGAAAUGCCUUUGAGAAGGAGAGUGAUAUGUCUUUUUCUCUUUGCUGUGUGGGUCCAGCUGAAUGUUCUUCUUUGUGUCUUGCUACAGGCCAUGACAACAAUGGGGUUUGCAGUUCUUUCUGUGGUUUUGCUGCUGAUUAUAUCCUUAGUUUUUAGAGUCUCAGAUGCCAUUAGACCUCUAAAAGAAGGUCCAAUGAUUGAUGCUGAAGGAAGGGAAUAUAAAACUGUUAGCCUGGAAGACUCCAGCAGACCAACCCAUGAUGGCAAAACUACUGUCCAAGUGGAGUGCACUGAGGUUUCCAUGAUCAUUUUCAUCCAGGCUGACUUCUACAACAAUGGACGUCUGGUGUCCCCACAAGAGCUAUUUUUGGGAGAUGCCAAGUACUGGAAAAACAAACCGUGCCAAGCUGUUGAUGCUGGUGAUGGAGAAUAUGUUAUAGAAGCUGACCUACAGGACUGUGGCUCCAAAUUAAUGGUAAUUGGCAACAAUUUGAUCUACUCAAACAACUUGAUACACUCUCCAGUCGUUGGCUCCCUUGGCAUCACAAGGGCUACUGGAGCUGUCGUUCCAGUUUCUUGCCAUUAUAAAAGGGUUCACACUGUGAGCAGCACUGUCCAGCAGCACCCCCCAUCUGUUUCAAUUUCUUCAGAGUUUCCUAUGGGAAGCGCUCCUUUUUCUCUGAGGCUGAAAACUGAUGACUGGUCAGCUGAGAAGUAUUCCAACACCGUUUACCUUGGUGACCCACUGCACCUUGAGGUCUCGUACUCUGGUCUGGAUCAAAGGAAACUUUUCAUUGACCUCUGUGUUGCCACUCUGACGGCCGACUCUACAUCAGUACCUAGAUAUUGCUUCAUUGAAAACCAUGGCUGCUUUGUUGAUGCCAGAGACGGAGGUCUAAAUUCAGUCUUCAAACCCAGAUCGACAACCAGUUCACUUCAGUUCCAGUUUGAUGCCUUCUUGUUUCAAGAUGACUUGAGGAACACUAUAUAUGUAACUUGUGAGGUUAAAGCUACACGCCAGCUGUGGAGGAGCAGCCCCACAAACAAGGUCUGCAAUUACAUUAAUUCAAGCUGGAAGAAUGUGGAUGGACUUGAUGGUGUUUGUCAGUGUUGCAAAGGUGUUUGCAGUAAACUGACAUCUAAAGAUGAUAUUUGUGAUACUUUGACUCUGGGCCCCUUCAUAGUUAUUCCCAGGAAAUGAGCAAGAAGGACUCUAAUCACAUUUACCCUGACACAAAACUGAAGGAAACAUUGAGUGGUAUAAUUUUACCAGGAGACCUGCUGCAUGCUGAUCUGAGCCUUUACCCUCAAUAAAUCUUAUGUUUAAACAUG